AUGGGCGAACCAUAUGGAAUACUGGGCCUAGACCCAGAGCCUGGGAAGGUGGCGGGGGCGGGCGAGGCGCGGGGCGCGGGGCGCCGGGCCGGCCCUGAGCGGGGCUGGGACCCUGUGCGGAAGACCCGGCUGGCCGUGCAUGUGUUGCUGUGGCAGCUGCUGGCGCUGGCUGGCCGGGGAACAGCGGUCUACCUGGAAGUUGGCGAGCUGGAGGAGAAAUGCUUCAUCCAGGAGAUCCCCGAGGGCACCGUGGUGAUAGGAAAAUACAAGACCGAGCUUUAUGACCCAGUCGUGGAAAAGUUCCAGCCCUCCCCGCAAUGGAUUAAUUUGUUCGUGCUUGUAAAGGACCCGGAGAACAGGAAUCUUCUGUACCGGCAAUAUGGCCCUCAGGGUCGCUUCAUGUUCACCUCCAAGUCCCCAGGAGAACACCAGAUAUGCCUUCACCUCAAGUCAAUUCAGUUUACUCCCUUCAAUGAUGGCAAGCUGACCAUCCACCUGGAUAUGCAGCUGGGUGAACGCAUCAGCGAUGAUGCCGCAUUCCAGGAUAAGGACAAGUUGAGCCAGUUGCAUCUGCGCCUUCGGCAGCUAGUGGAACAAGUGGAGCAGAUACAGAAGGAGCAGGAGUACCAACGGUGGCGCGAGGAGCGCUUUCGGCAGACCAGUGAAAGCACCAACCAACGAGUGCUGGGGUGGUCGAUCCUGCAGACCCUCAUUCUCCUGGCCAUUGGCAUAUGGCAGAUGCAACAUCUGAAGGGAUUUUUUAAAGCCAAGAAGCUAGUAUAAACAGAUGAAGCCUGAAAUCCAGAAGCAUCACCCACCCUUUCUACUGAUGACCUGGGAUAGAAAGAAAAUGGCCUGACCUAGGUUGGUUCCUGGACUCCCCCAUUCCACAGGAACUCAAAUAGUCUCUUGGAACUUAUUUCUCAACCCACAGGAGGACAGGAUGGGUUUCCAGCUGGAGAUAUUUGGGCAAGGGAGGUCUGUGAAGAUGAGCAGGAUGGGUGGGGUCCCUCAAUGCCCCGGUAAAAGAGAAUAGAUUAUCACCCCCAGAUGGGGAUAUGAACAUGGAGACCCAUUAUAAUCGGAAAGUGUCUUUAUUAA